AUGGCGCCAUACGGAGCACACCUUGUGCUAGCUAUGGCGCUGACAUCCGCACUUCUUGCUUACUCAAAAAAUCAACCGCCAAGUUGCAAUACUUGCUAUGGUCUGGAACUCGAGCCAGUCUGCACUUCGAGGGGCGUCACUCUUCCAUCCCCUUGCUUGGCGAUAUGCCAAGGCCUAAAAGUCGCCCGCAUGGGGCCUUGUGACGCUUCGGAUCCAUUAGCAGGCAGCCUCACCCUGGAGUUUAAGGACGGCGGUAGCGGAGGUGAUGACUUGGGCCGCGGCCCGCUGCGGAGACGAGCCGCCAUGUCCGCGCCAGCGGGCAGUAGCGGCAGUGCGGGCAGCAGCGGCGACGCUGAGGACGAUGGCGAUGGCAGCGGCAGCAGCGACAUGGAUGACAUCGCCAAGCGGUUUGAAAAAGACGGGUUUGUGUACGCUGGCCAAGCCAAAGUCACGGACGAGGGUCCCAGCGGCCAAGGACAGGCGGGUUUCGUCAGCAGUCUGCCGCCCCCCUUGGGGCCUCUGAGGAGGGUCAUCUUUUUGAAACCCGCUAAUCAUAACCGUUUGCACAGGGACCCGAAAGGAGCUGCAGCCGGUGGCAGCAGCAGCAGCAGCGUUGGCAGUAGCAACGGCACCAGCAGCACCGGACAGCCGCCGACCCCGCAGCGGUUAUACAUCCGCGCGGUGCGGUUUACCACCGACGGUGCUGUUUACCUAGAGUCAUCACCGUUCAGUGUGGACCUAACCGCCUUGCCAACGAACGGACAAACGGAAAACCGAAUACCUCCCGACGACGCGACCGGCGGCGGCACCGCCGCCGCUCUCAGAGAUCCCCGGGUGCUGUUGCAGCAGCACCUGCAGCCGCAGCAGAGAGUACGGAGACCGAUUGAGGACGAGGCCGCAUCUGACGGUUAUAAUCCCUUUAGCGGCGAUGACAGCGAUGGCGUAGACGGUGGUGUUAGUGGGGGUUCCUUGCUAAAGGUGCAGCUGGCGCAGCAGCAGCUGCAGUCGCAGGGGCAGCGGCAGCGGCGGCGGCGGCGGCGGCUGGUUGACGAUCGCUACCGAGCUGACGUCCGUAUGUGGCCUCACAACGUCAUUGGACAGCUGACCUACCGGAUGCCGUCAGGUCUUUACGUGUGUUCAGGAACCUGGAUAUCGCCGUACGACGUUCUCACGGCCGCUCACUGCGUCUUCAAUAUUGAAAGUAAAGCGGAAGCCAGGAAUUUUGUAUUUGAGCCCGGAAAGAUCGGCUACAUCGCACCCUUAGGAGCCUUUGACAACACACAUGUCACUUUCUACAGAGCAGAGUAUCCCAGGGCUGAUGACGGCGGCGUCAAUUAUUUUGACAUUGCCCUCAUCCGCAUGCGGUCAUCCACGCCGUAUUACAUGGGCAUCAAGUACUCAUGCGCGCAGAUCGACUACCCGAGAACACAGACCUGCGGCUACGUGCAAGAGGGAGGAAAUUACCAAAAGUGUGACGAGUGCUACUUCACCACCAAUGGCUGCUACCCCGGUGUGCAGCCAAUCAACUGGUGCUUCACUGCGGCAGGCCAGUCAGGCUCCGCCAUCUACGACCUGUUCGACUCCCAGGUUCUGGGCGUCCUCAGCGGCGGAUUUCAGGCCGCCGACCUGGCCGACUAUUCCUUGUGGACCCCCAUAGACGCCCUCCACUUCGCCAGUCUUACCAGAUGGAUGUGGCCAUCAGGAGACGACAGCAGAGUCCAGCUGCCUGCGGCGCCGCCGCCACUGCCGCAGCCCCUCAGGACUGAAUGUAAGAGCGGUACUUUGGCGUCUAGGCUUACACUCAGAUAG